GCUGUAUGUGUUCAGAAUCAGCGGAUAACGUUAUCAGUAGAUUAUUUUAAUUUUUUUAGAAUCAUUUAUCUUACCAUCUUUUCGUUCAGUAACAUCACACAGUUGUAUGUCUUUAAUCAGCAUUCUACGGUGAAUUAAGAAUUAAACAAAAUAAAUAUGAGUUUAGUAGGAAAACUUGCUGUGAUUUCGGGAGCUGGAAGUGGAAUAGGAAGGGCAACUUGUAACAUUUUCGUUCGUGAAGGUGCCACGAUAAUUGCUGUUGAUAGAAAUGGUGCAUCCGCUGCGGCAACGAUUAAAUCUUUAGAUAGUAAUUCCCACAUGUCUAUCGAAAUGGAUGUAUCGUCGUCAGACAGUGUUCAGACAGCUCUCAACGAAAUGAUAUCCAAAUACAAGAAACCUCCAUCGAUAGUAGUUAAUUCAGCUGGAAUAACGAAAGAUAAUUUCUUAUUGAAAAUGAGCGAGCAAGAUUUUGACGAUGUCAUCAGUGUUAAUCUGAAGGGUACGUUUUUGGUCAUGAAAAGUUUCGCCCAAGCGAUGAUUGAUCAUAAUGUUGGUGCAGGCUCAAUCGUUAAUUUAGCUAGUAUCGUUGGCAAGACAGGCAAUAUUGGUCAGUCGAACUAUGCUAGCAGUAAAGCGGGAGUGGAAAGCAUGACCCGAGUUGCAUCGAAAGAAUUUGGUAAAUUUAAUAUUCGAGUGAACGCGAUCCUGCCUGGAUUUAUAAAGUCUCCGAUGACCGAUAAAAUUCCAGACAACAUAAAAGAAAAGUUUGUUCAACUUACUGCCAUGAAACGAUUUGGGCAACCAGAAGAGGUCGCAGAAGUUAUUUCAUUCCUUGCUUCUGAUCGCAGUUCUUUUGUAAAUGGAACUUCGAUUGAAGUGACUGGUGGAUAAGACAGCUGUAAACUCUUAAGCACAGUGUGUCACAAAGCAAAAGUGCCAGCAUUUAUACUGUUCAAUAAAAUAUUUUUAUUUUUUCA